AUGAAAAUCUUUAUCCUUUUAGUUCUAUUUUACAUAGGAUAUUCAGGUAAUAAUGGAUAAGAAUGCUAUUGUAAUUAACUAUUGACAGAAGCAGAUUGUUUAAUGAGUUAAUUGUAAUGCAGUUGGAAUUCAUUUAAACAGCAAUGCAAAUAUGAAACAACAAUUUAUUAACCGCAAUCAAUAAUUAGGGAAUAUUGUAAUCAAUUUUCGAAUGAUACUUGUAAUAAGCUUAAACCCUGUGAAUCCUGCGUUUCUAAUGGACCUUGUCAAUUACGUUACGGAUCUUGUAGUCACUUCACUGGAUGCACAGCAUUUGUAGAAAAAGAUAACUCCAAAUGUUAAUAAAUAUCUGAGAGAUGCAUAACCGAUGGAGUUCAAUGUGUAGAAAUUGGGAUUUGUGAUUCUUAUAAAACUGAAAUAGCUUGUCAAUAAGAUAUGAAUCACAAGUGGUGUUUUUGGGAUAAGAAUACAUCAAAAUGUAGAUAUCCAGAGAAGUGUGAAGAGUUACCAAAAACAUUCUAUUAGGAUUCUUAAUGUAAAUCUUAGAUAUCUGAUUGUGAGUCAAGUUAACAAGGAGGAUGUUAGGAUUAAACUAUAAUCUAUUCAGUAUCUACAACCUCAAACACAAGCUCAACCACCACCACUUAAACUACAACAACCACUACCUCAUAUAAUGCAAGUCCUUCAUUAAAUCAGUGUAAAGACUUCACAUUAGAAUCUGAAUGUAUAAAGAAUUUAGAAGGAAGCCCUUGUUAUUGGAAUGAAAAUUCAUGCAAAGAUAAGGUAUGUUCAAUUGCACCAAAAAACUUCAAAACUAAUAAAAUAUGCUAAAAUUUUUUAAGUUUUUGUAUCACCAUGAAAGAAGGAGGAUGUAUGAAUAAUGGAACUUGUUAGGUUGCCAAUACUUUAGAAGCAUGUGCUAAAGAUAUUUUUGGAGUUGACUGCGUUUGGACUGCUAAUGGUGGAUGCAUUUAUAAGAAUUGCAGUCUUGCUCCUACUACUAUAACUUCAAAUUAAGAUUGCGAUUCCUUCAUAAAAGAUGUAUGCGUUGUUAAGGAGGGAGGUGGUUGUAGAAAUAAAGAAUGUGAAGAUCUUUAUGGAAGCUCACAUGUUAGCUGUUGGACCCAAAAGAGUGGUUGUACAGUAGGACUCAAUUCAAAAUGCGCUAAAAUAAAAAACUGUGAAGAUACAACUUUAAAAGGCGCUUGCAUGGAAGGUCUAAAUGGUCCAUGUCUAUGGAUUUUUAAUUAAUUUUCGAAUGAGUAACCUUAGGGAAAGUGUUAUAGUUACAAUUCUUGUUAGAGUAUCUAAUGGAAUACGGAUUAAUAAUGUAAGUAGGUUUCUCCUUUUUGCACUACUGAUGGCACCAAAUGUAUUCCAAUAACUUAAUGCUCAGAAACUAAUACAAAUGGAGGUUGUGUGAAUGGAAAUGAUGGAUAAUGCAUAUAAACCGUAAUGGCACUUAAUAACACUUAAACUGUUUGCAAGAAAUUUGACACCUGCUCUUCAGCAUACUACUUAAAACAUGAGGAGUGUUAAAAUGCAAAUAAAAAUUGCACAACUAAUGGCCUAACUGGAUGUAUUUCAUUAUUUGACUGCAGUGCAUAUAAAACUAAAGAGUCAUGCAAAAUCAAUAGCGAAAAAUAUUCUUGUUUUUGGAAUGAGAUUUAAUAAAUCUGCAGGGAUUCAAUUUGUUCAGAUUACAAUUUUAAUACACAUUAAUAAUGUAACUUAGUAGUUAUAAAUGUAAAAGAUAAAUGCACUUCUGAUGGUGAAUAAUGUUUAGUCAUAUCUAGCUGUACCACUUAUAAAUCAAAAUUAGUUUGUAAUAAUGCAUAAGCCACAGAAGGCACUUGUAUUUGGUCGGAGCUUGAAUCAUAAUGCAAAGUUAAAUAAUGCUCAGAUAUCUCAGCCCAAAAUCUUGCUAAUUGUAGUCUAGAAUUAGGUAGUUGUACAUUCGAUGGUACUAAGUGUAUCUAAUGGCAAUUAUGCUCUAAUUACUAGACUAAGGUUGCUUGCAAUACCAUGGGUUUGGAUGGAAUCUGUUUUUGGUCUAAAAGUGGAAGUUGUUCGUUAAUGACAUCUUGUAAAUCUGCUACCGAUGAUGAAUAGGCCUGCAGAUAAGCCAAUUAGAAAUGUAACUGGUUGUCAUCUGGUUCAUGUGAAGAUCACCAAUGUGAUUCUUAUUACAAAUAGCAUGGAACUUGUACUAAUUUAUAAAAUUGGAAUGGGUAAUCUUAAAUCAUUUGUCAAGAAAAAUCAGGAAAUUGUAAUUAUGUUGAUCCAAUGACUUUGAAUUAAAAAGAUUGUUAUAAAGUGUCAAAUUAUUGGUACACUUGGAAUCCGACUACUUCUAAAUGUGCAAUUUGUAAUCCCUAAAUAAAGCCAUCAAAUAAUACUAAUGGAACAAAUACAAGCAAAAACUCAAACAAUACAAAUAGUACUACUGGUAAUGAUAAUACUAAUAGUACUAAUAGCACAGAUAGUUCUGAAACCUUAACUAAUCAAGAAAGUACAAGCUCUUCUUUUUUUAUAACAUAUUUUAUGCUAUUUAUUCUAAUAGUUUUCAUUUGA